AUGCGCCAUCACGCUCCGCCCGCGCGGCCACCUCUGCCUUCCCCGGGCCCAGGGGCGCCACCGCCGCCGCCCCGGCCGGCGUGGAACACCAACCGCAACCUGGUGGUGACCCACCCGCUGCUCGCCCUCCUCGAGUCCUGCGCCUCCUUCCCGCGCUUCCUCCAGCUGCACGCGCUGCUCACCGUCUCCGGCCUCGCCGCGGGCCGCUUCCCGGCGUCCCGCCUCCUCGCCUUCUGCGCCCUCUCCACGCCGCCCCGCGUCGGCCACGCCGCCGCCAUCCUCGCCCGCGCCCCCGCCCCCGGCCCCAACGCCUACAUGCUCGCCACCAUGAUGCGCGCCUUCCUCCGCGCCCGCCUCCCGCGCCGCGCCCUCGCGCUCUUCCGCCGGGUCGUCCGCGACGCCCUCCCCGCCGACGCGCGCACGCUCGUCUUCGCGCUCAAGGCCGCGUCCGCAGAGCACGGGACCUCGUCCGCGGGCGGGGAGGGCGUCCACUGCGUCGCCCUCAAGUGGGGGUUCGUUGGCCGGAGCGCGCUCGUCGGGAACGCGCUGGUGCACUUCUACGCGGACCACGGGUCGUUGGCGCGUGCGCGGAGGGUGUUCGACGAAAUGUCCGAGAGGGACGUCGUUUCCUGGACGACCAUGGUGGACGGGUACGCGCAGAGAGGGAUGGCUGAUGACGCCUGGCGCGUGUUUUGCAGGAUGGUGGUGGCGGGGGGCCAGCAGCUGAAUGAGGUGACGCUGGUUGCGGCGCUGUCGGCGAUCGGUCAAAUGGGACUGCUAGCGCUGGGGAGGAGGGUGCAUCGGUAUGUUGCAGAGGGUGGUGUGGGUGGAAGUGUCAGCUUGGCGAAUGCGCUGAUCGACAUGUUUGGGAAAUUCGGGUGCGUGCCCUCUGCCAGGGAGGUUUUCGACGGCAUGGCUGUCAAGGAUGUGUACUCCUGGACGACCAUGGUUAACGUUUAUGCAAAGUGCGGCCAUUUGGAGAGUGCAGCCCAAAUGUUUGAGGAUAUGCCUAGGAGGAACGCAGUUUCUUGGAGUUGCAUGAUCGCUGCUUACUCACAGGCAAAUCAGCCUGAGGAAGCAGUGAGGUUGUUUAAAAAGAUGAUUGAAGAAAGUGUUGAGCCGAUAAAUGCUACCCUUGUGAGUGUGCUUCCGGCGUGUGCUCAGUUGGGUUGCCUGGAUCUUGGUAGGUGGAUAUAUGAUAACUACAUUGUCAGUGGCAAGGCUGUACUCACCGUGAAUUUAGGUAAUGCAUUCAUUGAUAUGUAUGCAAAAUGUGGAGAUUUGGAUGCAGCAUCAAGAUUAUUUGCUGAGAUGGGAGAGAGAAAUGUAGUGAGUUGGAAUUCGAUGGUCAUGGCCCAUGCUGUGCACGGUCAAUCUGAACAAGUCCUUCAUCUCUUUGAGCAGUUGAAAGGAACAGGUAUUGUGCCUGAUGAGAUCACAUUCCUUGGGUUACUUUCUGCAUGCAGUCAUAGUGGGUUAGUUUCAGAAGGGCGGCAGUAUUUUAAAGAAAUGAAAGUGGGAUAUCAGAUUGAACCUAAAGCAGAACACUAUGCAUGCAUGAUUGAUCUUUUGGGGAAAAGUGGACUUCUUGAAGAGGCACUCGAAGUUGCAAAGGGUAUGCCAAUGGAAGCUGGUGAGGCCGGUUGGGGUGCUCUUUUGAAUGCAUGCAGAGUGCAUGGCAAUGUAGAGAUUGGUGAAUGUGCUGCAGAUAAGCUAGUAAAACUCGAUCCAUCGGACAGUGGAAUAUAUGUACUUAUGUGCCAAAUAUAUGCAAGUAAAAGUAAAUGGGAUCAGGUGAAGACACUGAGGAUGUUGAUGAGAGAUAGAGGGGUAAAGAAGAACCCUGGAUGUAGUUCUAUUGAGGUGGAUGGAAAAUUUCAUGAGUUUUUGGUGGCAGAUGUUUCACAUGUUCAGUCAGAAGAUAUUUAUGCAGCAUUGAAUAACAUUUAUUUCCAUUUAAAAUUGGAAGGUUAUGUUCCUCUGACUUGACAUGAGUGUGACAAUGCUUUCUUCCUUGUUCAUGCACCUCAUAAUAGCCAUGGCUGUAGAUAGACAACAAAAACUGAGCAGCAGACAGCAUUUCCUAUAUUUAAAGCACAGCUUCGUGCAAUCGUGCUGUACAUAGUUUCUUCAACGACCUGCUGUGAUACAUUCAGUUCAUUCGACGGCCCAAGAACGAGAUGAAUUCCUGCUGCCUUAAGAAAGAAAUUCAUGGACAGAAAAAUAAGGGCCAUUCUGAUUUGUUAUGCAGUAUAUAGGUUUGGUCAGAUUUUGUCAUGUGGAGAAACUGUUAUACUGUUGAGUAACUCGAUUGACCCCUGACUAUUUCUAACUACCAAACUAUAGCCAGCUGUAAAGGUUUUCCAUGGUGAAACAUAUCCCUUCCAUUCUAGCACAACUGCAUUUGAGUAGCCAAAAUGCGCUUUGGAAAGGCUUUCUCAACAUUAUUAAGAUGCAUGUGGCCGGAGCAGUUCUGCGAUGGAGCUCGUUGAUUGGGGGCGCAUGCUUUCUCCAUGGAACAUGGCCCGCCCUUCCCCGCAUGAAUGACGAGAGGAGCAGGUGGGAGAAUGAAUAGAGGGAGGUGCAUGUAUCUGCGGUCCGUUUGAGCGUGAAGAAUCCAAAGGGAUCGUUCGUUCAACAGCUUCUCCCAAGCUCGGCCCCCACCCACCCCAAGAGAAGAAAAGAAAAAGACUUGAGAAGCCCCCCAGUGACUAGCUCAUACUCUCACCGGCCCUCACCGUGUUGGCCCAAAACAUUCCUCCCCAUCUUCCUUGCGAGGUCCAAGGCGGAGGCGUCCUGGGGAGCUGACCGCGCUCUCCCUCGAGCCAGCCGGCAGCUCCGUGGCUGAUUUUCUUCCUGAUUUCCUGGUCAAGGCACUCGAAGAAAUAACAUGCAUAACAACAGGAGAUCGCUGCUGAAUUAGCUCAUUUUCUGAAACAACUGCCCCAGGAACGCACCAUGGCUUUCAGGACGAAGAUGGUGGGGGCGGCCGCAUUCGCAAAGAUGGCCGGGGCUAUGAAGCUCACGGGAGGCCUGAAGGUCGGCGCAGUUGCUGCAGCCGUAGUAGCUGCAACCACGGCUGCUAUCUCCGGGAAAGACACGAACAAAUGCAAUCGCAGGCCGAGAACAGAUGAUGAUAUGUAGAUAUCCCAACGAAUUGUUGGAAGUGGAGUAGUACUGCUUGGAGAUGUCCAAUGGACCAACAUAGUAGCUCUUGGCGAUCGCCAUCAUUUUGCUUGCACUUUGUCCGCAGCUGCAGAUUCAGCUACCUUGUUUGCUUCUUUUUCUUUCUUCUUUCGUUAAUGUUUAUAUAUGUUGGAACUUGGAACCUGUAACAAUCAGAAAUGCCACGCCCAGAACUCCUGUUGACAACGUGA